GGGUUAUGUGAUUUAUUAGAUCUACUUCUGGAACGUCCACGGCGUCUAGAUCGCGAUCUGGAAUGCCGUUUCUGGCGCCUACUACUUCUGGAUCUUGACCGGCGUCUUCUCCGUCGAUCGGAACUACGGGAGCGAGAACGUCUACGCACCCGCCGACCAGUCACACGUGACCUAACCGAAGUAGAUGAAUCAGGCCUAAUACUUCUAUCUCCCGAUUUUGAUCUCUUUGGCUUGGUGACAUCGACGGAUGUAGUCGAUUUUUCUCGAGAAUUACAGCUAGAAGAACUAGAGGACUUCGAAGAGGAGGAUUGA